GAAUAACAUAACCAUGUAGGGUUAGCACCUAGAUGAAUGGUCUGUUAACUCUUUACAUUUCUGCUUAUAAGCGCUUUUGCUAUAAGCACAACAACUUGCCAAGUAAAAUUCAAGUGCUUCCAUAACCCAUAAAACUCUUUUUAACUUUUCUUCUGUCAAAGGUCGCAAAAAGCCCUUCUGGUUAUCAGAAAGCACUUUUGAAAUGAGCCCCUUAAUCAUGUUACAAAUCAUAUUAGAACAAACAAGCUGAUAUUGAGUUCUUGAGUUUGGCAGGAUCAAACUGUGUUUUCGUUUAACAAUGACAGGAUUGGAAAUCUGCCAUCAAACUAUGAGUUUCGUUCUUCUUCUUUUGUUCGACCGACUACAGUAAGGGCGGUUCGGACUUAAGUGCAUAGGGCGCUGACGCUUGUUCUUUGCUCUAGCCAACUUGACUAUGUCUAGGGUCCGUAAACUAUGUUUUCGUUUACUCUAAAACAAAAACGACAGGUUUGGAAAACAUUAAUUCUGCCAAGUAUUCUUCAAAUCGCCAGUGAAGAGGAAGUUGUCUCAUAUGCACAAAUGAAACAAGAACAGAACAUCGUUCGGAAAUAUCGAAGCUAUUUACUGACAAACCAAAGGAGAAUCGAAGGCGACUGGUACACGCGAAAAACAGAUUCCCAUAAUUCUUGCCGUCUAAUUGCUCACAAGCUUCAAACACUAAAGUUAGUUUGAUUUUUACCGUCACCUUUUGUCCACAUUUCACCUGCCCUCUACCUUCUUUUAUACCAUUUCAUACUUCAAUCCUCAGUCCUCAAAAACUUCUUGAGGCCUGAGACCGAACUGAGCAUCAUCGGUUGAAAAUGGCGAAGAUGGGGCGGAAUGUCAUCAACAGAAGCCUCGAGAGUCUGUUGGACAUGGACCAAUCAGUUGCUACGAAGGUCUCUGGCCCUCCUCGACCCAUGAAGAUGAUUCCAGGCCAUGGACUUGAGUUCAAUAACCUUUCGUAUAGUGUAAUGAAGAAGCUGAAAAAAGACGGGGUUUGGAUCGAGAAAGAAGCGUAUCUUCUCAAUGACAUCUCUGGCCAGGCAGUGAGGGGUGAGAUCAUGGCCAUCAUGGGACCUAGUGGUGCUGGGAAAUCCACAUUUCUUGAUGCCUUGGCGGGACGGAUUGCACAAGGGAGUUUGGAAGGCUCUGUUAGAAUUGAUGGAAGAACGGUUACUACAAGCUACAUGAAGAUGGUGUCGUCUUACGUGAUGCAGGACGACCAGCUCUUUCCUAUGCUGACUGUUUUCGAGACGUUCAUGUUUGCAGCUGAGGUUAGGCUUCCUCCCUCCAUUUCGAGGAAUGAAAAGAGAAAGAGAGUCUAUGAACUCCUUGAACAACUCGGCUUGCAGAGUGCAACACAUACUUACAUCGGAGAUGAAGGGAGGAGAGGAGUGUCGGGAGGAGAAAGGAGGAGGGUCUCAAUUGGAAUUGACAUCAUCCACAAACCUUCACUGCUGUUUCUUGAUGAACCAACUUCUGGUCUUGACUCCACAAGCGCUUUCAGUGUCGUGGAGAAGGUAAAGGAGAUUGCUCGAGGUGGUAGCAUCGUGAUGAUGACCAUACAUCAACCUUCAUAUCGUAUUCAAAUGCUCUUGGACCGCAUGACAAUCCUUGCAAGAGGAAGACUGAUAUAUUUGGGAAGCCCGCACGGUCUGUCUGCUCACCUUUCUGGAUUUGGAAGGCCAGUUCCGGAUGGUGAGAAUGGCGUCGAGUAUCUCCUGGAUGUGAUUAAAGAAUAUGAUGAAUCAACCGUGGGACUAGACCCGUUGGUGUUGUACCAACGUGACGGGAUCAAACCUGAUCAGGUGGGCAGAACCCCAGUUUUAAAAACACCAAGGAGAACUCCUUACAAUAAGACCCCUGCAUCCAAGCACGCAAUCAGCCUCCGUAGUCAAGCCUAUUCCAUGGGAAACAGGACACCUGGACCAGGCCAAUCUGGUCGGUUUGAUUACAAGGAUGCUGAUGAGGAUGUUGAGGAUUUUGACAACUCCCUUGAAAGGAAAUCAGUUCAUAUGACACCAAAGCAUCAUCUGAGCAGUGGUGCGUAUAACCCUCGUCUAGCGUCGCAGUUCUACAAGGACUUCCCUGUCUGGAUAUACCAUGGAGUCAAACGAACCCCUCGUCGCCCACCAUCAUGGACUCCAGUUACAACUCCAGGAACGACACCUGGACUGGCGCCACUCUCAGUCUCGGGUAUGAAGUAUCAAGUUUCAAACCAGUAUCCAACACCUCAACUCAUACUGCAGCCACCAAGACGCACUAGUACUAAUACCCCUGCACUCUUCACCCCUUCCAUUAACUCCUCCAAUGCACCUUCUUACGAAGAAUUUGAAAUAGAAGACGAGCUUGAUGAGCCUGACCUCGGGCCUAAAUAUGCAAACCCGUGGCUCCGUGAGGUUGCAGUCCUCUCGUGGCGCACAGCGCUCAAUGUGGUUCGCACUCCUGAACUCUUCCUCUCGCGUGAGAUUGUGUUGGCAGUCAUGGCACUAAUUCUGUCUUCCCUUUUCCGAAACUUGGGUGGUGAUACUUUCAAAGACAUAAACCGUCUUCUCAACUUCUACAUCUUUGCAGUCUGCCUGGUUUUCUUUUCGUCCAAUGACGCUGUCCCGACUUUCAUCCAAGAAAGGUUCAUUUUCAUCAGGGAAACUUCUCACAAUGCUUAUCGUGCUUCUUCCUACGUCAUCUCUUCCCUCAUUGUUUAUCUCCCGUUCUUUGCCAUCCAAGGUUACACAUUUGCUGCCAUUACCAAAUACAUUCUUCGCCUCAAAAGCAAUGUUUUCUACUUCUGGAUCAUCCUCUAUGCCUCACUCAUCACCACCAACGCUUACGUGAUGCUUGUGAGCGCCCUUGUGCCGAGCUACAUCACAGGGUAUGCUGUUGUGAUAGCUACCACAGCUCUUUUCUUUCUGACUUGCGGAUUUUUCUUGAAGCGCUCGAAGAUACCAGAAUACUGGAGGUGGGUGCAUUACAUCUCUGCAAUCAAGUACCCAUUUGAGGCAAUGCUAUCAAAUGAAUUCAAAGGAAUACGUUGCUACCAUGGAACGCCGGCAGAUCUUUCCCCCGGACCUCUAGGAGAUUUGAAGAUCAGUAACCUGCACUUAACAUCCCCAUUAGUGGCUAAGAACUGUGCGAUUAUCGGACAAGACGUACUCUCCACGAUGGAUAUCAGCAGAGAUAACGUCUGGUACAAUGUUUUAAUCUUGCUAGCUUGGGGUGUUCUCUACCGAAUCUUAUUCUACAUGGUCCUCAGAUUCUAUUCCAAGAACCAGAGAAAAUGAAGACUCC